ACUCGACCACACAAUGGCAUCUCCGGCGUCGCCCGUCGUUAUCCAGAUGCCUUCGCGCACCAACGGCGCCGGGGCGGCCCCUACUACGCCCAAGGAUUCCGGCGAUUUCGCCGCCAUGGCGCCCACACCUUCCGGACCUACUAAAGCCACCGUGACGGACAAGGCCAUGUCGAGCGUCGCGAACCUCGCGCAGCUCCUGCCGACCGGCACGGUACUGGCGUACCAGGCGCUGGCCCCCUCCUUCACCAACCACGGCAAGUGUGAGGAGACCCCCACGAACCAGUGGCUCACCGCAGCUUUAGUCAUCGUUCUCGCCGCCUCGUCUCUCGUCUUCUCCUUCACGGACAGCGUCGUCGGCCGCGACCAGAAGCUCUACUACGGCAUCGCCACGCCCCGCGGUUUCAACGUCUUCAACUUCUCCAGCGACGAGGAGAAGCAGCGGUGGGAUCCCGCCGAGUUCCGGAGGCUGCGCAUCCGGCCGCUGGACUUCAUGCACGCCGUCUUCACGGCCCUCGUUUUCCUCGCCGUGGCGUUCAGCGACGUUGGGCUACAAAACUGCUUCUUUCCCAACGCCGGUAGGAACACGGAGGAGCUGCUCAAGAACCUGCCGCUGGGCAUAGCGUUUUUAUCGAGCUUCGUGUUCAUGGUUUUCCCAACAAAAAGGAAGGGCAUCGGCUACAGCGACACUACCCCUCAGAAGAAGGUCACUUAGUAGGGUUUAGACCAUCUUUUCUAACAGUUAAAUUAGAAUGUGUA